AUGUUCCUACAUUCGGGAGCAAGCCUCCACGGCCAUGAAUAUUCGAGCCGGCCCGCUCCUCAACCUGGUCACCGACGCAAUCCACUCUUGCGCUCUGCUUUCGCUAAACCUAUAAAUCGACCUUCAUCUUAUCGUAAUAGCGCCGAGAUUCCUCCUCUUCCUAGCGAAUCUAAUUCCCUAGAUAAUUCCCUAAAUAUAAGGCGACCUAGGCCUCUCUCAGAACAACUCCCUAAAGUCACUCAACCGGUUGUAAGAUUUGAAGAACCCAAAUGCGAUCCCCCGACUCCGGCGAAGCCAGAAGCGAUGAGCGAAGAUGAGGGCUCGAUUGCUUCCGAUAGUGACGCAAGCCGGGUCUCGUCAUCCCCUCGUCGUACCCGUCGAAGGGUCCCGCGGAAGAGCACCACAUUUCUUUUUGCGCAUCCACCUCCGAGGUUACGCAAUAAGCAACUAUUAAUUCAUAUUCGUCCGAAAUUGUUGCUCCAAAUCCAACAGUUAUCUGUCAACCAGCGCCCGAGACCGAUCAUCGAUGUAUAUCCUUCCUCUGCCGUCGCCGGAUCAUUGAUUGCGCCUUUAUUAAAACGCUUCCCGAUGAUUGCUCGCAUUAAACGGGAAUUGAAUGUACAAGAUGUGAUGUUAGUAAAGAGCGAGGAUUAUGCACAGGCGUCUGGGUCAGAGAGUGAUGGCGACGAGGACGAUAUUAAAUCGCGCGAGCUUUUAGCCAUAUUAAGUCCAUUGAGGACGGAAGACAAAGCCGAGAUCGUGUUAGCUGACGGGUCAGUGUGGAUCGUGACGCCCCGACUAAGCGGUACCAGUUCAUGCUCGUACGAGUUCGUUUCGGUUGAUUCGAACGGAAAUACUAUCACGGCUCGGUGGGUUCGUAAACAGGUUGUUACUAAGUCGCUACCCGCCACGCCGACGACUGCGCGCGGUUCCACACCACCACCGCCUGUAAUUGACUACAAAUUUACCUUUAGCAUAAUCGAUCCGAAUUGCCGGCGUCAUCCCAUCAUGGCCACCCUUACAAACUCUUCCCUCGAUAUUCUCGAUACAUAUACUACUGUUUCUCAGUCCGCCAGUCGUUACCCUCCGACUUCUCCUUUGUUAUCUACACCUACGCCUUCUUCUGCCAGCGAGGAGAAUCCGUUCGAACGAACGACCCAACAAGUGGAAGAUUGGCAGAAAAACUUUAUUACUAUAUCGGCUAUUUGGGUAAUACUUCGCCAUGGCUCACCCCCGAACUAUAAACCUGCAGAUGUCAAUAACCCGGGCGUAUCUAUCCCAACGCCGCCACCAGACACAAACGGAGUGACUCGUCGGCGGUCAUUAAGUGUCAAUACAGAUAUGACUCCCAAAGUUAGCUUUGCCGAAGCUAGCUGUCGCCGGAAAUUCCCAGGGGCCUCGUUACGGAGUGAUCAGUUUGUAUCAGGUGUGCUACCUAGGAGGGCGACAUCCACCAGCGCAUCUUUCAUACCCAAACGCAACAUUACGGAUACGAAUCCUAGCCAAAUAAGCAGUAAUUCAGAGCACGGAGCGAAGAACAGGAGGCCAUUCAGUGGUGAUUGGAGUGGUCCAGUGAACCGGAAUGUGGAUAGUUCGUUGGCAGCCAUAUUGGACGCACCGCUAACCGCGUCUCCCAUCGAGAUAUCCGCACCAAGUAGCACUCAGACAUUAGCCCCUACCCCUUUGUCCAAAAAACGACGAGCUGUAUCGGCAUGCUAUUCAGUCGACCCUGGUCCAUUUAAAGCUACUAACGUCGAAUUUAUGGAAACGCCUGAAAGUCGACGCAAUUCGUUCUUCCACAGCCCAUUACAGGACAGCCAAAAGGAUGAUCACGACCACAAGGUCAAGAAUCAGAAGUUGAGGAGCUUCACAAAUUGGUUUCGAAAGUUACAGGGGCGGUAG